GGAAGCCGCGGGGGCCGCCGGGAGCGCGGGCCGGGCCGGGCCGUCUGCGCUUGCCGGAGGCCGCCGCCGCGCUGCGGUGACGGGCGGCCGUUAACCGCCGGCCUUUCCCUCAGGCGCCAGCCGCCGGCAUGAGCAGCGGCGCCUGGACCCGCAGGAGGAGGAGGAGGAGGAGGGCCGCCCGCCUCAGCCCGCCGGCCUCCGCCAGCUCCGAGGGCGAGGAGCCCCUCAGUCCCUCUGGCUGCUCCCCGCUCUCCCCCCCGUCCCGCCCCGGCUCCCCGAGCGGCGAGGAGGAGGAGGAGGAGGAGGAGGAGCGGGCGGCGGCCUGCCGGAGCCGGCGAGGCGAUAGGAAGGCUGAAGACUCUGAAAUAGCAGGCGAGGAAAAAGAGUCGCCUUUGAAAGAUAAUCUUUCACCGUGGGAAGAAUGGUUCAUUGGCAAAGAGAAGGAACUACGUGCCCGCUUACAAGCUAGAGCUGCAGAGGAAAUGAAUAUACAGCUUGAGAAGAUGAAGCAAAGGCAAGAAUGUGAAAGGAGGAAAAGGAUAGCUGAAGAGAAGCACAAGGAAUGGGUCCAAAAAAAAAGAGAAGAGGAAAGAAGGGAAAGGGAACGAAAGCUGAGCAAAGAAAUGGCAGAAAAAGCCACAAAGGAACUAGAAAAAAUGCAGUUACAAGAAAAGGCCGAAGUAAAGUAUAAAGAAUGGUUAAAGAAGAAGAGAGCUGAAGAGGCAGAAAAGAAGAAGAAAGAGAAGGAAAAAGAAAAAGAAAGGGAAGCUGAACUACAGGAGAAGAAAGCAAGAUCAGAGAAGAUCUUUAAGGAAUGGCUACAUAAUGCUAGAAAUAAACCACGCCCUGUUUUAAAUGGUUAUGGCUUCCCACGUGGGAAGUCUACAGGGUGUGCUGAUGGAAAUUUGUAUCCAGUUCCAGCAUAUUGUAACCCCAUUCCUUGGAAACCUGUAAAUGUGCCUCCUCCAAAGGAAGAUGGUGUUCUUACCAUGAAGAAGAGUAAGAGACCUGUAUCUUGUCGGUCACAUGUGUCUUCACCUAUAGUGAUUUAUAAGCCCAAAACCAACCCUUGUAUUGGAUCCUUGUGCAGAAAGCAGUUAUAGUACAGAAAACAAAACUGUUCUUAUGAUCUUGAGUGAACUGGGCCAUAAAUAUGAAGUUGUAUGUAGUUAUAUGUCCAAAACAGGCUGCUUUUUUUUUUUUUUUUUUUUUUUUUUUUUUUUUAGUUUUUGUGAACAGGCUUUGUAUUUUUAGCUGACCAAUCAGCGUUUUUAUAUGGUUUUUUAUAUGUUGCAUUUUAGUAAAAAAAGAGAAAAAGAAAAAAAAAGUCAUAUUUAGCUAAGUGUAAUGGAACUGUACGUUAAUACCAAUAAAACGCACAGAUUGUUUCUUCCUUUUC